CUGUGUGUUUGUUUCCUCAGGCCGCUGCAGCCUCUCUGCGGAAAGUGCAGGAGGCUGCAAGAAUUUGAACACGACUGUGGAUGUUUCAUCCCGUUGAGAGCCGUGGGGGAAACAAGCCCUGGGCAUGUGUCCAGGGGGCCUGGCGCCGUAGAGGCUGCUGAGAAGUUUCUUUGGCUGCCUGUCACCCUCGAUUCCCCUUCCCCCCAGGGAUGUGCAGAUGGAGGCCGGCGGAGACGCUGCUGCCCCGGCUCCCGGGGGCGCGCAGGACUUGGAGGACACGCAGGACUUGGAGGGCACGCAGUUCCCAGGCGAGGAGGCUGGAGAUCGUGGAGUUCGGUCGGGCCCGCCGGAUCCCGGAGACGCGGACCCGGAGGAAACAGGAUCUGAAGCCAAGGAUGAGCCUCCCAGCCGCCUGUCACCGCUGCCCCAGGCAGAGGUCCCCUCAAGCACCCGUGAACACUGGAGUUCUGCAGCCUCAGACAGUAGUCCCAUUCAUGGUCCAGAGAGUGGCUCUGGGGGCCAGGCCGGGGACCCCAGUGACGAGGACUGGCGCAACCAGAGGAAGCACGUGUUCGUGCUGAGCAAGGCUGGCAAGCCCACUGCAGUGGAUUGACAACUGGUGGUCAACUUAUAACCCCCAGCUGAACUGAUAACAGUGGUUGCCGGAUGUGGAGGCACAUCCCUAUAAUCCUAACACUUGGGAAGCUGAGGCAGGGGGAUCAAAGAGCUGCAGGAAGUAGAAGCUCAGAACUCUCCCUCCCAAGGCCACUCCAUGCCUUUGAGGCUACCGGUUCAAAGGCAGCCAUUCAGCGUGGCAGGCAGGGAGCGACGUCAUGGGAAGAUGAGCACGUUAGGAGGCCUGGUGAGUUACA